UCAGCAGUCGGUGUCAAUUAGUGUAAUGAGCGGAGAAACGCACACCAGCAGCUUUACGCGCAGGUCAUCCAGGUAGAACAGGAGGAAACAGGACACAGCUGCAGCGCCGCAGUUAACAGCCAAACCCUGGACAGACACACUUUGUUUUUACCUCUCUUUCCUCUACGACUCCUCCACACUGGAGCCUCCGCCUGACGCACACAGUGUCUCCGUCCGCUGCGCGCCGGGAGCAUGGCUGCCAUCAAGGCUUUGGAGCAGUGGUGUAAAACGCAGUGUGAUGGCUACCGAGAUGUGGCCAUCACCAACAUGACGACCUCAUUCAAGAACGGAAUGGCUUUCUGUGCGCUGAUACACAAGUACAGACCGGACCUGAUAGACUAUGACUCACUCAAAGAGGAGGAUGUGUUUGAGAACAACAGACUGGCUUUUCAGAUUGCAGAGGAGAAGUUGGGGAUUCCAGCUUUGUUAGAUGCAGAAGAUAUGGUGGCUUUAAGGAUCCCAGACAGGCUGAGCAUUCUGACCUACGUUUCCCAGUACUACAACUACUUCAAAGGACGGCCUCCCAGUGAGAAUAUGGCUGGUUCAAAUAUCCGUAGCAACUUGGGAGGUGUAAAAAGGCCAGCAGAGGGCUCCAAGGAGGAGCCAUCAGAGAAGAAAAACCUCCCAGUGGUUGCCAAAAGCUUUGUGUCUAAAACCGCCAUUGAGAAUUGUUUACCUUCAAAUCUCACUGCCCAGACCUCCCCUAAGACGGCCAGAGCUGCUGUUCAGAAGACAGUUCGUUCAGAAAACACCAACAAAAAUGGGACUCUCAAUAGCAAAUGUGUUGCAUGCAAGAGCCAUGUUCAUCUGGUUCAGAGGCACUUUGUGGAAGGCAAGCUCUAUCACAGAAGCUGUUUCAAAUGCAGUGAAUGCUCCAACACCCUUCAUGCAGGCGGCUACAAACCUGGGAAGAAUCCAGACGCUUUUAUCUGUAACGCCCACCAGAACAGUUGCAAACCUUCCUCCUCCGAGGCUGCGAUCAAAAACGGACCCACCAGUUCAGCUGGGCGACUAAAUAGUGCCAGCCAGACCCAGCCUGCACCACGCCCCUCUUCUGUGCUGUCAGCCCCUCUGGAUAUUGUCCUGAAGCCAGUCAGUCCUAAUCCACCUUCCAUGUCCUGGACGGCCUCAGCACAUAAGACGCAGACGGCCCGGCAGAAGUUUUUCCAGGCUGCAGCGCCAAUCACAGAGGCCUCAGUAGGUAACAGGAAGCCCACAGAGCCUUCAAGUGUUUUAGGAAGGCCAAAGGUCCCACUGAGUACUGAUGAUGAGAAAAGCAGAGCCAGGACAAGCAUCGGAAAGAAAUUGGCAGAGGAAAACUGCAACAAUAACAACAAACGCUCGUUCACCAUCCGAUCAGCAGAGAGCCGGUUUGGAGAUGAGCCAAGUUCAGCUGACAGCCCUGGUUUGAGAAAAGAUAAAUGCAGCCAAGUCCCAGCAGGAAACUGGGCAGGACAGCCCUCCACCAGCCAGACAAACAAUAAGGAACCGCCAUGUCUGAAGGCCAUCAACAAAGACAACACAAGGCCAACAACUGUACACACAACUGCCAAAGAUCCAGUCUGGGGACAAUUGAAGCUCAAACCUGUGAAAAUCGAGCUAGGUUUAAAAGAGUCUGAAACUGAAGCCUUAACUGAGCAACAUAAAUCAGGAUUCAAUUCCACGCCUUCCUCUUAUGUCCCUGUCAAAACAACGAGGCCUCCCUCAGCUUCAUCACCUGCAGAACCUCCAGAUAGUUUUUCUCUGUUCGUUCCUGAAGACUUUAAAGAAGUCUCUCCGCCUAAACCUCAGCUUGGUUCUGGAAACCUUGGUUUUGAGCAUGGGAGUUACUCGCCUGUGAAAUCCCCAAACAGACGGCCAGCUGUGGAAUCUAUUAGCUCUUCAUCGACUGCUUCAGCCAAUCACAGAAAUCCGUCAGGUGCUAAAAAGGGAAAGUAUUUGUCACCCACCAACGCCUCCAGGACUGAAAUGAGGUCACCCUCUGUGAAGUCUUAUCACAUUCCAGUGGAGCAGAUUGAAAAGGACCUGAAUGAUAUUGAGACAAACUUGGCUCAUUUGGAGCAGGAGGGUGUGGAGCUGGAAAAGAAACUCCGCAGGAGUGAGGAAGAGGGGGAGGGAGACAUAUUAAUGGACCCACUGAUGGUCGACUGGUUCAACUUGAUACGAAAGAAGCAGAUGUACAUUCGGAAGGAGUCAGAGCUUGUAUACAUAGCCAGGACUCAGGAGCUGGAGCAGCAGCAGCCAGGUGUGGAGUGGGAACUUCGCAGGCUGCUGGAGAAACCAGAUCAUUUAAAGUCCAGAGAGGAGCAACAGAAGGAGAAGAAGUUGAUGCAGAGACUGAUGGAGAUAGUGGACGGCAGAAAUGCAAUAGUGGAGGGUCUGGAUGAAGACAGGCUGAGGGAAGUGGAGGAGGAUCAGCAGUUAAAUGAAAUGAUGCAAAAUCUUGGAGUAAAGAAAGCCAAAUAUAAGAGGAAAUCCUCCCUCUCAAAAAUGUUCAGGCGAAGAAGUAAAAGACAAGUGGAAUGAAGGAACUUUUUUACUAAACUUACGUUAUUAUCAAUCCUUUUAAUGUGUUUUAUGGUUUUAACAUUCAAGUACUGCAGUACAUAGUGUGCUAAUGAGAAGGCAAAUGAAGAGAUGUUAAAUAAGGAAAUGUAAUGGAUCAAAUCGUGUGUUGUGUGUUUCUAGUUGUUUCAGAAUAUUUGAAGUGAAAGUUAAGUUAAAAUGUUGUUUUGUUCAAAAUUCACCUUCUGUUCUUUGCUGUUAUUUAAGUGAAGUGCAAAUUUCUAAAUAUCAUAUCAUUCAAUCUUUGCUUUCACAAUGGGUGUCCAUGUUUUUUCACAAUUUUUUUUUCACGUUUAAUUUUUCUUUAAAAUGCUGUUUAAUUAUGUGAGAAAUACAGCGGUGUGUAUUUUCCCUUUUAUUCAUUUGACUUCAGUAGAGGAGUGUCACAAGAAAAAUAAUGUCUUCAUUCAUGGAUAUGUUUGUUAUGUAAAGAUUCUGUAUAUUUAUUGAAUGAUUGGAAUGUAAUUAUAAUUCUUUAGCAAUUCAACUUGCACUGGGUCAAAAACAUUGGAUGUCGAGAGUUAAACAUUUUAACUAUCAGGGUUUUUAAAUUACAGAGGGAACACUGGCUGUUCCACAUGCAAAUAUGAGUGAAAAUAAAUGUGUAAUCCUUCAAAAGACUUGAUCCAAAAUGAAAGUAUUUCAGUAUUUAUUUAAUAAUGGAUUUUAACAAAUUUCCUGUAAGUAUAUUAGCAGGAGAAAAAAGCCUUGACAAUUUAGCUUGAAUGGCUGUGGAGUGUAAAAUGGAGAGCCACACAUGUUGCCUUGUUGCAGACUGUAGUUCCUCUCUCACGCUGUACUGUAGGUGGCAGCCUGGGUAUGCUGUAUCACAAGGCAAGAACUUGGAAAUCCAAUUUGCCACAGUACGGACAGUUAAUUUCUUUGCUAAUUUUAUAAAUGCUGCAAAAAUGUUCAGCUGUGCUGAUGCAAUAAUGUUAUGUGAAAGAGGAUUAGGUAGAGCAGUAGCUUAUGGCCGGGGAAGGCUUAUAAACUAUAGGUUGUAUUGAGCUCUUUAUCUGCAAACCGGGUUUAAUUAAACAUUACUCUUUACUAAUAUCUGCAUCAGAAAUGCUCCGUACCUGAGCUAUUAAAAUGUUCAAAGGUUGUGUGGAGCCAUUCAUGUGUGAAAAUGGCAUUCGCAGUGUUUGCGAGGAAUGUACUGUAAUGUUGCAUUUUAAGUGUUACUGAAUAUACUUGUACUCCAUUUAUAGUAUUUUUAAACUUGAAAUCUGUAGU